AUGUUCAUCGUGUACUCGAAGUAUGUACCAACCUCAAUCACUAUCGACCUCAUCUUUUGUAUUAAACAAACUACCAAAGAAACCUCCAAAACAACACCGUCACCAGCAUAUUGGACUCGCAUAUGGCCCAAACUAUGCGAGAUUCUAUACAAUAUUGAUUACUGCUGCCAUUUCAUACCCUCAUCAUUGGCACGAUAAUAGCCAUCAUCAUCUUACUCAUGACGCACCCCUUCAAUUUUACAUUUUUACU